UUUCUAAUGAACCCUCUUUUAUUCUGUCUCCACUUGUAUUUAGCUACAAAUACAUGACUGUUGUCAAGGCUUGCUCCGUUUGCUGGUUAGCUAAAUGAACCCCCUUUUAGCCUAUGAAGUCAUGAAUGACCGAACAUUCUUUCCUGAUAGUUCGGUUAAUAAUCCUCUUGUGAAACACAUGAAGCUUAACUGAAGAGUCAAGAUCAGCCAAAGGGGUGACCUCAGUAACUGGUAGAUGAAGUGGGUGAACAUACRAUGAGCUGUCUGUCAAACAAGUGAAAACCCGACGCCAAACAAACCUAACAACCGAAAAAGUGAAAGGAAAAUCAAUCAACAGCUUUAAAAUUGACAUUUUUAUCAAUACUCUGACCGAACAAACGGAUUUCUUCCUAUCGUUUAAGCAUCACCCUUUGCUAGAUAUAUGUGGGUUUUUUUUUUUUUYUUUUCUUAGGAAAGCUGAACAAGGUCUUCUUUUCUUGUGAAUAAUUUACGACAUAGGUAAGUUUAGGUAAGUGAUAAGGAAUCCUGAAAGUCAAACAUUUGGUUAGCAAAUCGAAAGGGAAAUACUUGCGUGUAUUCUACGUUAGGGGGAGGAACGGUUUGAAGGGGAAAAGAAAGGGAUUUUUACAAGGAAAACAUAAUUUAUCUGGAACGUCGAGGGAGAAAAAAAUCGGAGAAGAGAAGCGGCUUCUUGGGGAACAUUCUUUAGGAUGCAGUUGUAUUUCUCAUAGUCAUGGGACGUCAUUUUCUCUACAUAUUGACGAUUAUUUGUUUGUCUUCGAACGAAGUCAGACAUAUACUUGGAGAGCAAAGUGGACUAGUAGUUCCUGGAAAUUCACCUGCUAAUAAUUCUUCAGAAAAUGCUGAUGGUCAAGGUACGACAAAGGGUGAUGUCCCUACGGCCGAACAAAUACUCGGUAAAUUACUGGGCAUGAAGCCAAAAAACCCAGACCAAACGCAGGACACACAACCAGCGCAAGUAGUCCAAACUGCCCCGCAGACAUUAGCCUUACCAGGUGGUGCAACAUCAAACAUGGUUUCAACAUCACUAGCACGAUCACCAAUAAGAUCUCAGCAACCACAAACCGUUAUCAACAACCUUCCAUUGGUCCCUACGACCGGCAGAUCCUUGCCCACACCACAAAUAGAGGACAACCAAGGGACGAUGCAGCAACUUAGUCCACAUUAUGGACGAAGGAAACAUUCAAGACACAGAUAUGAUGAUGAUGAUGAUGGUGGCGAUGAUGAUGAGGAUAGGGRUGAUAAUGGAGAUGAAAGAGAUGAUGAUGACGAUGAUCAUAAUCCAGCUGACGAUGACUAUCAUGACUCUGUUGAUGACCAUCGACAUGGACAUCGUCGUUGGCGCGGGAGAGGGAGACAAUUGGGAGGACGAUUYGGAAGACGAGAAGGUGGGUGCGGAUGUGUAUGCUGGAAAGGCAUCAAACCGCAUGUGGAAUGGGUACGAGUUCCUGUCUGCUACCAUCCAUGUGGUGUGUGUUGUCCCAAACAUGAGGAACARCCAGCAUGURCUUGUAUUUGUCAUCCAUGUUGCAAUCACUGCUGCUGUUGUCAUCACUGUUGUCACUGCUGCCAUCCUUGUUGCCACUGCUGUCACUGUUGCAGGCGAAACCAAGUUCGCUGGAAUCCACCUUUAGCGCCAAGAAAACCGAAGUCUCGUACAAUCAACAAGCAAAUCAAGAAGAAAACAAAGAGAGCAUAAAGUAAAGAAAUAUCGGAUAUGUAAGAUAAAAAUGAGUAGAGUUUAACUGUGCUGAACUCUACCAAGUCAAGCUAGUUCUCAAAAAUGAAGUUCUUGUCACAUUUUCUUGAGAAAAAAAAAACAACAAAAAACAACAACAACAAAAAAACGCCACAUGAAGAACGCCAUAAUGUGGCGGUAUAUGAAGUUUAACAUCUAUCAGUAGUUAGUUAAAUCCAACUAGCGGUCUAUCAUGAAUGCUGUCUUUUAUUGGAUGAUCUACCACUACUAGACUAUAAGUCAUUAUAGCCCACUAGACUAGUAGCGAAAAGUGCCGACUUUGGAAAGCAAAACAAAAAAUUUAUGACUGAAGACUCAUCUCCGCAGGCUUAACCUCGCUUGAGAAUAAAUYAUUUACAAAUGUCAACUUUAAUGUAAAAAAUGUGUAGCUUGAACAAUACCAAUGUUUUGAAAUCCCACGGACUUUUAAUGGUAUCWGUGAAUAGCUGACUUAUAAACSAGGCUAAGCCUGUGCAAAUGAGUCUGURGUCUUCAAAAACAGCGSUAUGCAUUGAAUGUGAAACUGGUGUAUUCCUUGCUUUGCUAAGCUGGCUAGUUUAUUUAGAAAAUAACGCUUUAGUGGUGUAUUUUUUUCAUAUAURCCAUUAUCAUAAUCAUURUCAUCAUCAUCAUCAAAGUCAUCAUCAUUAUUGCAUUGCCAAUUUCAAAUACGUUUUUAUUCAAUUAUCAUUAGCAUAAUCAACAGCCCAUCAUCAUCAUUAUCAUCAUCAUCAUCAUCAUUAUCAUC